AGCAAGCAAAAGGUCGAACUUAAUGUUGUUUCGUCGUACUCAUGUGUAAAGGCAAGCAUAUGGUAAUGUGCUGCAGAAUGAGGAACUAGAUAUGGAAUUUUGAACAUUUGAUACACAGAUCGUUGAACAUUGAGCAGAAUGUAAAAUUGGUACCCAAGAGUCUAAUAUUUAAGCAGUAUUGUUGACUUGUCACAAUGUCAGCCACUUUUAUGCAAAUUCAGGCUGCGAAAUAAACAGCCACAUUAACGAAUAGUCGUGAAAAGUAGGAUGUCUUAUUGACAACUGGCUCUAUUUGCAGAAGCAGACGAAAAACAGCAGUUUGCUUGUGGUUGUUAUGCUAUUACUGUGUCGUGCUGGUUCUGGUCACUGGUGAUGUGUACUAAACGAUUUCGUUUAAUAUAAAAACACAGCAGUAUCGUUUGGUUUGAAGUGAACAGCACAGUUGAAUGCCACAGUAUCAAAGAAAGCCCGGCAUGCACGCCAAGUAAUGCAGCUACAACGGAUUUUCUCUUGCACGAUGAUGUUGAGAUGAUUGACCAACAAACGAACGCUGAGUUGUGUUUGGGGCUUUGUCUUGCGCCUAGCGUAUGUGUCACAACCAAAUGAAAACAAACGAUCGUCUACGAAAUGCAUCCAAGUCGGGCGUAUUGAACCGGUUUUUCAUUUGAUUGAGAGAUCCCAUACAUUCCCUAUGCCGGAGGUCACUGUCGAGCUGAUUGUGAAGUAAAAUAGACCGAUAUGAGUUCAGACGGUGUCCUAGACCUGUACAACGUCGUUAAUCGAGCGACGAUCUUCGUUAGUAAGCACAGCUUGAUAACAGUCAUUGUGUAGAUUUUUUAAACACAGAUAAUAGUACAAGCCUACCUUAACAAUUGAGCUUUAUCGUUAAAUGUUUAUUAAACUAUUUCAACAAGUUGAUGUAAUGUAUUCAGGAAUUUUCAUUGUCAGUUCGAUAUGACAUUAUUUAUAUUAGUUUUUUUUUUGUAAGCAUGUAAACCACUAAGAACUACAAAUAACACUACAAAAAAAAACCACUGCUAAAGCCCAGUAUAUUGCAACAGAAUAGCCUUUGGGCUAGGUGACAACUGCACAUGUAAUGUUCCGGUCUAAGGUGGUACCGGUUCCGCUAAAGUUCACGGUCAGAUGAAACAGACCACAUGUGCUAACAAGUCACAAGAUCCGAAGGAGUGGAGUGGGAAGGUUUGGAGAACGCAUUGGCAAACAAUAUGUACCGUACACUAAAUUGUGUUCACCUCCAACCGAACCCAAACACACUAAUUACUUUCGAGAGCGAAUCUAUUAACCCUUGCAUGAACUUGUGCAUAACGGCACGCGUAAUAUAGUGUUGAGUGCAAGCAAAAAAAAAAUGAAUGUUUCAAAACUUGAUUUCAUCAACUUGCAUUAUCACUUUAAUCAUCCCAGUGAACCCAAAAUUCGUCACUCCCUUUUAUAAAAAUGUGAUAUCGAGUAGCGUAUCACUAACACAACAACUUGCCUUCUACUACCAACCCACUAGCAAUAUCACACUCUUGCUAAUGACCGUUACCAUGACGAUGACCACGAAACAACGGACCGGUUUGCUCAACGAUCUACGCGAUCGCUCGCACAGUGUAUGGGAGCACUGCAGCUAGUGGUCGGUAAACAAAACGUGUUCGUAUUUGUUUUUCAAUAUUAUACUCAGCAGCGUUUCAAGUUCAUGCUCUCAGACACAAUCAGCACUCGCGACUAUUGAAUACACGGUGCCGCGCGUUCCAUAAACGUUACCGGUAUGAUCGAAACGCAACAAAACUUCUUCAAUUCCGUUGCUGACUAGUGAAGUGCGUACGGCACCUGCGAGUUUCACGUAUACCAGUCCAGCAGUGAUCGCGGACACGUCUGCUGUGUGAUGUGUCGUCGUUUGUCAAGCCGCACUAACCGAUCGUACGCGAAUGUGUUCCUGCUGAAUAGUUAGUUAAGGCGGAUUUUUCCUUUACAGUGUUGUGCUAUUAGUCAUCGCAUCGAGACUCGGAAGAAACCAGUUAGCUAUAAUCUGGUGAAAUUUAUUCCAAAACCUUUUUGUUAUUAUGCUCGCUGACUAACUAACCAAAUAUUUCUGAAAUACUUUUGCCGACUGAUCGACAAGUUUUAUCAAAUAAUGUCCUUGGAAGAAACACGUCGUACCCAGCGACCAUAUCGCUAUGGGAUGAUGCUGCUAUGUGUUGGCGCAUUAGUGAAUUGGUUAGGGCUAGCAGAAAACUAUUCCGAACCGGUGCGAUAUGCAGGAGUUGCAUGCAUCUUAGCAGGAGCCUGUCUUAUAUGUACUGCAAUGUGUUGUUGGCUUCACACACCAGGUCGUUCAGGAGCAAAUGGAGAUGAAAGUGAUGAUCCUGUUCAUGUGAUUAGUACAUCCGAGGAACGAAGGCGUGAAAAACCACCGGACUACGACACAGUGGCUACAGCUCCACCAAGCUACGACGAUGCGAUUAAGCUAGAUCCAGCCGCUCUUUUGCGCUUAUCAAUAGCGUCGGAUGUAAAUAUCAACAGUAAUUCGAAUGCUAAUUACCUUCCUACAGAGCAUCCCAGUUCAUCUCAAACGCUGAACAAUGGUAGCAGUGUUGUAGAUGUUUCAAGCAGUGAAGUUAGCCAAAUAGUAGAUAGUUCUAUGGCCUUUAUCGAUGAGAAAAUGUGUCCCGAGAAACCACCUCCUUACUUAGAGCAGCCGAUCAGUACAGGCGACGAACAAACGUCGCGUCGCACAAACUAAUCUAUUUACAAUUAUUCAUUUUCUCCUUCAAAGUAACGAACUGUCUACAAUGUCCCGCAAGUGCUUUCUUGCGUUUUCAAAUCAGGAAAAGCUUGGUAAGACAUGAUAACAAUUAUGGCUGUGUUCGUAUUCUUAAAUUGUAAGCUGCACACAAAGCUAAAAAUGCUUCGUUAAGAAUCAGAAACAUAAAAAUGAUAUAAUGUUGCCGCCUGCAGCCCUCAAAUCAUGCUGUACAGUAUUAGCGAUGCCAUAUUCGAAGCAGACGAUGUUCGCAAGGAGCUACCCAGUUCAAGAGCGGUUGGGAAAAUUCCUAAUAUUUCUAGUACUCGCGAUAGAGUGUAAGCGAAGCUCUAGGAAUAUAAAUUAAGCAACCUCAUUUACAUUACCAUUCGUAGUUAAUACGAGCGUAUGAAAAUAAACCAAUCUUUUGUAGGCAACUGAACAUGCAUGAUAUCAUGAAAAAGAUGCUGCCCUAGCUAUGGUUUUAUUUUUGUGAUAAUAGUACUGUAAGCUAAUAAAGAUAGUCGAUAUUAAAUGU